CUGCUCUCACAUUUUCUCUCUUGGAUAGCGCACACACACUAUCAGACAGCAAGCUCUUAGUUCAUACUGCUCGUUUUAUAUUGCCCUGCUAUUGCAACACACAGAAAUGGUGCUGAUCAUUGCUUGAAGAUAGUUUGUAGAAAGAAGAUCUUCCAGGUGACCCAACCUGUGUGUCCAGCUUUAUCCAAAUCAGAGGGUUUCUUGGCGGGUAGGAACUGAAGACACUACACUGACCUGCCAUGUUUCUGGUCCUGGUGGUUACAGAGGAGUUAAGAGAGUUCCUGGCCAGGGCAAGGAGUGGAACUGGCCGCCUCAUCCAGGUGUUGAUCAGAGACGAGCAGCUGGUGCUAGGGGCGUACAGAGAGCCACGUCAGAGCUGGGACAAAGACUAUGACCAUUAUCUGCUUGCUCUGCUGGAUCCUCAUGAGCCCUGUUACAUUUUUUACCGUCUAGACUCCAAAAAUGCUCAAGGCUAUGAGUGGCUCUUCAUCUCCUGGUCACCUGACCAGUCUCCUGUUCGACAAAAAAUGUUGUAUGCUGCCACUCGUGCCACAGUUAAGAAAGAGUUCGGUGGUGGACACGUCAAAGAUGAGAUAUUCGGCACAGUUGAGGAGGAUGUUUGUCUUCAAGGGUAUAUGUGUCAUUUGACAUCGUGUUCUGCACCAGCACCACUUACAGCUGCUGAACAAGAGCUACAGCGAAUCAAAAUCACAGAGGGUAGAGUUAAACAGGUGAAAACUGAGAUCACUGUGGACCCUAAACAUCAGACUCUACAGGGUCUUGCCUUCCCUUUACAGGCUGAAGCUAAACGUGCUCUACAGCAGCUCGCAGAGAGACACAUCAACUACAUCCAACUAAAGUUGGACACAGAGAAGGAAACGAUCGAACUUAUUCACACCAACCCAACAGACAUCCGUGAUCUACCCUGCCGGAUCCCCCUGGACACACCCAGAUACCACUUCUUCCUCUACAAGCAUUCACAUGAGGGAGACUACCUUGAGUCUGUGGUGUUUAUAUACUCCAUGCCAGGAUACAGCUGUAGUAUCAAAGAAAGGAUGCUGUAUUCUAGCUGUAAGAGUCGACUUCUGGAGGACGUAGAGAGAGACUUCCACCUGGAAGUGGCUAAAAAGUUGGAAAUUGAAAGUGGAGAAGAGCUGACAGAGGAGUAUCUGUAUGAUGAGGUCCACCCUAAGCAGCAUGCCCACAAGCAAGCCUUCGCCAAACCUCGUGGCCCUGCUGGCAAAAGGGGAAACAAACGUCUCAUCAAGGGAGGUGGAGAUAAUGGUGGGAACAGCUAGAAAGGAGAGAGACAGAGAGGAAGAGAGAAAUGGAACAUUUAAGGAACUUCAGUUGUACCUUAAAUGUUCCACAGUUCCCUUUUUUCCCCAUGGGGGUAUUGCUUAUCCUACAGGGAGAGAGACGGAGACAUUGGAAUAUUGUGUUUAGAUUUUGUUGAUUUUAUUUUACUUUCUUCGGCUUGUAUUUACUCUGUCAUUAGAUGUUUGUUUGUUUGGCGUGCUAAGUUCUAACAUGCAUAUCUUUGAGAAAGAGGAAAACUCAGGAAUUCAUUUGGUCUCUGUAAAUUUUCUGAGCAUAUUUUUCUACAUAAUCUCAUACAUGAAUACAUGCACACACAUUCACAACCAAUUCUUCUGGUUCUCUGCACUCAAAAUAAUUUUGAUCAGUUUUACUGCUAUAUUACAAUUGUUUAUUGUGAAAGAUGGUAGAUAGUUCAUAAUAUUUUAAAACGUGUUUGUGGUUUGUAUCUUCUUGGUUUAGAAUAAAGGAAAAGAAUAGGCAUGUUUAGACUGAGAGGCCUUUUAAAUACUAAAGAAGCAGAAAAAGGCACACACGUUUAUACACACACACCAGAGCCAAAUCUGACACGUAAACAGAAUGUGAUAUUACUUGACUACGUGAGAGCUAAUCAAUUGGUUAAGUAACAGAUGCUCAGAUAUGCUGAACAGUCAGGGUUGGGAGGGUUAAUAUUCCACUACAGAUUACAGAAUACAUGCUGUAAAAUGUCAUUUGUAACGUAUUUCGUUAGAUUACUCAAGGUCAGUAAUGUAUUCUAAAUACUUUGGAUUACUUCUUCAGCACUGGUAGAUUUUUUCACUUGUUUUGACUAUAAAAACUCUGCCAGUACAAAACAGUUAAAAAUACAUUCUCUGAAAAACCUAAAUAUCUUAUGCAGUGUUGUUUCUAACACAAGAUAAAUCAAACUGAUCUUGUUUUAAAGAUUUUUAGAUAUUUUUACAGGAAAACAAUACAAAAAUUAUUAUCAAGAAUACGACUUUUGCCCUAAUAUCAAAGGUCUUACUAGAAAAAAAAUGAUAAUCUAACGUGAAUUUUCUUAAUAAAAAAAAAUAUGAUCGUGCCUGGUAACGUGCAUGUAAAAUGGCUAGAAAUAGCAUUUUAAAUUAGCGUAAAGCUGACAAUUUACACAAGGUUUAUUUCUAUUUCUUCUGCUCCAAACUUACUUCAAACUUACUUCUCUGUCUGCUUGUAUGAAUGUAACGCAUCAUAAGAAAGUGUUUCACUGCUGUUCAAAUGCACUUUGGAUCGCAUCAUUUAUAUAUAUAAAUGUUUUCCAUCUGAAAGGACUAAAUAUUAAAUGAAACAAAUGACAAUAAAAUGCAAAGUAAUCUCUUCAGUAAUCAAAAUACUUUUUGAAUGUAACUGUAUUCUAAUUACCAAUGAUUUAAAUUGUAACUGUAGUGGAAUUCAGUUACUUAUAUUUUGUAUUUUAAAUAUGUGGUCCUGUUACAUGUAUUCCAUUACUCCCCAACCCUGUGAACAGUGCAGAUAUGUGUUUAAACAUGUGAAUCAGACUCGUUUUAAGAUGAACAUUCUCUAUCAUUUUUUGGUAUAUCUCUUUUAUUUAUGUAUUUUAUAGUUACAAGAGAAAAUUAUUAAAUAUUAACAUAUCAUAAACAUACCCUGUAAACAUCUUUCAUGUUGACUUGUGUCCUGCCCCCUCCUAUUUUAGUGUCAUACACAUCAUUUUGUGUGUAAGGAUCUGUUAGUUAGUAAUCAGACAAAAUCCAAAUAAAGCUUUUGUUCUCUUAACUUUAAAUGUAAUUAUAAUGCAACAACAUGUGUGUACAUAAUAAGUACAUUGUAUCAAAUGGUUAAGUACAUAGUAGUUAAGGCCACCUAAUGUAAAGUGGGUCCAUUAGUGUCUAAAUGUCACUAAAUGAAAACAUGUUUACUGGGUAAAUUAAUGUCUUCUUUGUUACAUUUGACAUGGAUCAUUUAUAUUUAUUUUAUUUCCAAUAUAAUACUCAAAUAAAAGACAUAUGGAGAGCAUUUCAGUGUUGAUUAUUAGGUUGAGCAGUCAUACACAAUACAAUAAAGUGUAACUAAUUGACACAUACAGUAUGUCUAUUGGCCUUUUUUUUUUUUUUUUUUAUCAAAAUCAAGAUUUUUGUUUAAAAUGUAUACAGAAAAAUGACUCUAGGUCAUGUGACUGGUCACCUUGUACAUUUUUCAUAAUUUUUAAUCACAUUUUGCAUUUACAAGUUUAUUUUAAAAGGUCCAGCACUGUGACAAAAGCAUCUUUAAAAGUAGAAAUAGUCUCCCAAAAGUCACAAAAGCUGUAUGCAUAAUGAUUAUAAAGACACAACACUAAUUCAAAUAGUCUUAGAUGAAGUAUAGGAUUUCACACUCAAGAACAUCAUCCUCCCAAAAAUAUUCUUACAUCAAAUACCCAAUUUGCAGUACAUUACAGUCUACAGGCUACAGCCCCUCUCAUGCAUUGCUUAUAAACAUAAUAUUACAUAAAUACAAAUAGCUUCUCGGUGGCCAGUUUGGUGGUUAUUAUUUAUUUGGUGGCUCAAGAUCUAUUCCCAGCAUUAGGAAAUAUUCCAAUAGGAGAUUAGGGUAGGCAAAACCGUAAUUGUGAUUUAAAAUGCAACACAAUCCGGUAUCCUCUAGAUGGCAGUAAAAACAAGCGUUUUGAACGAACGUCACAUAAAAAAAAAUACAAAACGCAUUCAGGCAUGGCUAACAAUCAGAUGCUAAACUGCUCAAACAUAUCAUAAUGUAAAUAUUUAAUUUUUUCUUUUCAAAUAUAAUUAAAGGUGCAUAAACCUAGAUAAAGGUUUUCUGACUUUAUAAAAGUUGUCAUUAUGUUAACAUCUAGUGUUUUAAUCCUCCAGAUUAAAGCAAUGUAUUUUUGUCUGCUAUUUUCAGUUUUUAAAAUCGACAUUUUGUCUUAUAUAAUAUAUGUUUCUUAUGCACCAUAUACUAUCAUUACGUUAAAAAAAAAAAACAGUAAA